UACCUCUAUCGACAAUACUGCUAUUAGCUUAGUUCGUAACGCUUCCUCUCUCUGUCAGUCAAAAUCUUCGAAUUUACCGAUUCAGCCACUCCUCCUUCCUUGAUCCCUGUCGUGAAAUGGACAUGCCGUCGGAGCUUGAGGUUCAAUCUGGAGAGGAAUCCGUUGACAUGGACAGGAACAGGAUAGUCGUUGUUGAGAGGGAGGAGGAAGAAGAUGGCGACGUCGGUUCAGUGAUUACCGACGACGACUCGAUCGGUGAUAGUAGUGGCGAAGAUGAUAUCUUCGGUGUAGGGAAUUAUGCUGAGUGUUCGGUCGAGAAGUUGGAGCUGCCCGAGGAAUUUGCGAAAAGCGUUAUGGUUCUAACGUGCGAGUCCACAGCUGAAGGUGGUUCUUGUGAUGUCUACUUGGUUGGUACUGCUCAUGUAUCACAGGAAUCAUGUCGAGAAGUUGAAGCUGUAAUCAGUGCCUUGAAACCACAGGUCGUCUUCGUGGAAUUAUGUAUAAGUCGUAUGUCUCUUCUCGAACCUCAGACUUCGAAGGAGGUCCCGACUGUGAUGGAAAUGAUUGGCAUGUGGAAGAGGGACCACAACCUAUUUGGAAUAGUUUACGGAUGGCUUCUUGCAAAGAUCGCCAAAAAGCUUGAGGUUGUUCCUGGUGCUGAGUUUCGUGUGGCAUGUGAAGCGGCAGAAAAAUAUGGUGGGAAGGUGUUUUUUGGCGAUCGUCCCGUUCAGGUCACGUUAAUGAGAACAUGGGGUAAGAUGCCGUUAUGGCACAAGAUAAAACUUGUGUACAGCAUAGUGUCUCAAGCUGUCUUUCUUCCUAAAUCUGAGGAACUUGAGAAGACGCUGAAAGACAUGAACGAUGUGGAUAUGCUGACAUCGGCUUUUCAAGAUAUGAGCAAGAAAUUUCCAUCACUCAUGGAGACACUUGUGCAUGAGCGAGACUUGUACAUGUCAUAUUCAUUGUUACAAGUUGCAAGUGAGCAUCGUAGGGUGGUGGCAGUUGUCGGUAGAGGGCAUCUUGAAGGUAUCAAGAAGAAAUGGAACCAACUUAUAACGAUAGAGGAGCUGAUGGGGUCACCGAUAAAUGAUUCAACUUAUACUAUGAAGAAUGUUCUGAGAUACCUGGUGGUCGUAGUCGCCGGGGUAGCCAUAAUCGCCGGCAUAUAUCUUACUAAGUAAACAAUCUCAAGGUAGAGUGGGUUUCUCAUGAGGAGAAUAAAAACGUAGGCGAUAUAACAGAUGAUGACAUAUAUUUCAAAUAACUGUUAUAAACUUAUGCUGUCAUGUCAUGAUUUAUUUUUAUUUAUUUAUGGUUUAAGGACGAACAAUCAAAUCUCACAUUUGAGUUAUACAGUACAUUAUCAAUCAUUUCUUUCCCUUC